AGUGAAAGAUCCAGGGGAUUCCCUUUUACUCGUUUUCAAUGGGGUGAAAAAUUGAGCUUUGUUCGAAUUUGUUAAGUCUAAACAGCAAAUUUUAUGUGCGGAUGAUAAAUUUAUCUACGAACUAUGCAUGGAUAUAAUUAUUGAUGACCUUCUUAUCUAUGAAAGGGAGUUGACAAAGGUUCUUCAAUAACUCAGUGCACUGACUAAAAUUGAACAAAAAAUGGAGGAAGUAGCUAACUUAGUUGAUUCUGGUGGUGACACAGACACUUUAUCUAGAGACAUUAUAUCUGGCUCACUUGAGUCUUACUUGAGUGAACAAAAAGAGAAACCUGCAGAGCUGAAAAUGAUAGACAGUGACAUUCUGGCACUAGCGAACCAAGUUGGUGAUGAGCUUGAAGAUAGUUCAGUUGAUGGUGCUGCCUUGGCAACUGAUUUAUCAUUCUUGGCUGAAGCAGAGGCUAAAGAAACUGCUGGUGAAGUGGAUGAUGCAGCGCUUUCUUUCCUGGUUGGUGAUGGGAAAAUGGAAGUGGCUAAUGAGGACUUGGCAUUUCUAGAGGAACAGGACAUGUCUGAAGGGGAGAGUUACUCUGAAGAGGAGGGGGAAUCAGAAGUGGAAGAAGAGUCUGGCGAUGAAACAGAACUAAACACAGAUGAGGAUGCCACAGAGGAAGAAAAAAGUGGAGAAGAAGAGAAAAAGACUGACGCUGAAGAGGAUGGCGUCUUUGGACAGGUGUCAUUCUAUGAUGAGGAGUCUAGUAACUCUGUUGACGUUCAGAAACAAAAGAAAAAGAAGGUGGAAAAAAAAGUCAAAACUAAAAAAGUUGCUAAAGGAAAGAAGAGAAAAGCAGAAGGAAAUGAUGAUAUGGAGAAGAAAGGUAAAAAAAAGAAACUAAAACGAAAGAAGAAGAAAGUCAAAGCUGAAGAAGAUGAGGAUGAUGAUGAAGAUGAUAAACUUCCAAAAUCUGGUGCAACACUGAUGAGGAGGAAAAAUAUCAGGUCCAUUUUAAAAGAAAAAGAUUUAGACAAAAGUAUGCUCUCAGCACAAAAUGAAGAAUUGGAGCGUCAGAAACGUCUGAUGGAGUUAAAAAAAUCAUUGCUUCGUGAAAAUGCUUCAGCUGGAACAUCAACUACUGCCAAAGUGGCUCCUCCAGCUGUGUCCACUGCCAGCACUUCAACAGGAACAUCCACUAAAACUGCAAGUGCUUCCACUGGAACCUCAACACCUAAAGAAAAAGAUUCACAAUUAAAAUCUUUACUUCAAGUGGCUGAGGAAGAGGCUGAGAAAGAAGCAGAGAAUAAAGAAAGAAAACUGUUAGAUAAAGAUGUGGUUAAAGUGAAGAAAGAGUCUAGAGAAACAUCACCACCUUCUGAUGUCAUAACACUGAGCAGUGAUACUGAUGACUCAGAUGAUUAUGAUGAUGAUGAUGAUUCAGAUGAAGUUGUGAUGGUACCCAGUGAUGAGGGGGAGGAUGAUGAAGAUGAUGGUGCUGAGGAUGUGAACAAUGGUGGUGCCCACAUCGAUGACACACUCAACCUUCCUGACCCUGAUGGUAGGGUCAAAGUCAAUAUUGGACAUCCUGCAGAAGAUCCUGAUAUAUAUUUAGCUCCACAGAUUGCCCAGGCUAUUAAACCACAUCAGAUUGGAGGUGUGAGAUUUCUAUAUGACAAUGUGGUAGAAUCACUGGAAAGAUACAGAACAACUCCAGGCUUUGGUUGUAUUCUUGCACACAGCAUGGGUCUUGGCAAAACUAUACAGCUGAUUUCAUUUAUUGAUAUAUUCCUUCGCUAUACGGGUGGCAAACUAGUCUUGUGUAUAGUACCUAUCAACACAUUACAGAACUGGUUAGCAGAAUUUAAUUACUGGCUCCCACCCAAAGAGAAACUUCAUCCUGAUGAUAACCUCACACAGAGUAGAUCUUUUACAAUCUACAUCAUUAAUGACAGCAUGAAAACAACAGCUGCUAGGGCUGCCGUUAUAGGUAAAUGGAAAGAAAAUGGUGGCGUUCUGCUCAUGGGCUAUGAGAUGUUUCGAUUGUUGUCCUCCAAAAAGGUAGCACCAAGUAAGGCCAAAAGUAGAUCCAAGAAAACUGCCCCAGAGGUCAUUGACGUGGAGGAAGAGGAUAAGAACAAGAGUUUAAUGAUAGACAUGCAUGGAGUUCUGGUUGACCCUGGUCCAGAUCUGGUUGUUUGUGAUGAAGGUCAUAGAAUAAAAAACAGCAGUGCAGCAAUCUCGCAGGCAUUGAAAAAUAUUAAAAGCAGACGCAGAGUGGUGUUGACAGGGUACCCAUUACAAAAUAAUUUAAUGGAAUAUUGGUGCAUGGUGGACUUUGUCCGCCCCAAUUUCCUUGGCACAAAGACAGAAUUCAGUAAUAUGUUUGAACGCCCAAUCAUGAAUGGCCAGUGUAUGGAUAGUACAUCUUCAGAUAAGAAGAUUAUGAGGCACCGGUCUUAUGUUUUACAUAAUUUACUUGAAGGUUUUGUACAGAGACGAGGCCAUACUGUGUUGCAAGUAAAUCUGCCACCUAAAACAGAACAUGUUUUCCUGGUUCGUUUAAGUCCUAUUCAGAGGAAAAUUUACUGUGAGUUUAUGAACGCAAUAUCAGAGUCUGGUUUGUGUUCUUGGGCCAAUAACAAUCCUCUGAAAGCAUUUGCUGUUUGUUGUAAGAUAUGGAACCAUCCUGACAUUCUUCAUGAAGUGCUGACCCAACAUAUAGCUGACAAAGACAAUGACCUUGACAUUGACACUGCUGAAGGUGGCACUAGUAAGAAAAAGAAAACCCUAACCCCAUCUGCUUCAUCAGCUUCAUUGGCCUCUACUGACUCUACUGCAACGUUAACUCCCUCAGCGUCCACAACCUCAUUGGCCUCCAUGGCCUCAGAGACAACUAAUGAAAAGAAUCCUAUUACCUAUGACUGGGCUGAACCCUUGAUGAAAGAUUAUAUAGCAGGUCUUCUAGAAAAUAGUGGUAAAUUUAUUCUGAUGAUGUCACUAGUAGAGGAGUGUUUAUGUUAUGGAGAUAAAGUUCUUAUUUUCAGCCAAAGUUUGCUGACACUAAAUAAAAUAGAAGAGUUUAUGGGGAAGUUUAAAGUUCCCAGAAGGGAACUAAAUGAAAACUGGCAGCGCAACAGAACAUACUUCCGUCUUGAUGGAAGUACUUCAGCUCAAGAUAGAGAAAAACUGAUCAAUCAAUUUAAUGAUCCAGAGAGCAAUAUAUGGGUUUUCCUUUUAUCAACUAAAGCUGGUUGUUUAGGCAUUAACUUAGUUGCAGCCAAUCGUGUAAUUGUGGUGGAUGCUUCCUGGAAUCCAUGCCAUGAUUGUCAGGCCAUCUGCAGAGUGUACAGGUUUGGUCAGAUCAAGAAUUCCUAUGUGUACAGACUUAUCACAGACAACACUUUGGAGAAGAGAAUCUAUGACAGACAAAUUAACAAGCAAGGAAUGUCUGAUCGUAUAGUUGAUGACAUGAAUCCAGAAAAUAAAUUAACUAGAAGACAAGUUGAAAAUCUUUUAGACUUUGAGGACCAAGAAUUUCCUCCUGUAGAUUUCUCUAGUGCUGAUAACAAAUAUGGACAUGACCCUGUAAUGAUAAAUGUUUUAAUGAAACAUGGACAGUGGCUAACUAAGCAACCAUUCACCCAUGAAUCAUUGCUUAUUGAUCGCAAAGAGCUACGCUUAUCAAAACGUGAGAAACGAAUCGCCAAGGAAGGCUAUGCUAGAGACAAAAGAAUGAAUGUUACAUAUACCAGACCGACUUAUGCAGCCUAUUAUCCACAACAGGGUAUACUUCCGAACAGGCUACCUCUCAAUAGCAGAUACAAUUAUGCUGCUUUCCGUCGUGGACCAAUUGUGAGACCUAUUGCAAGUGUUCGCCCAAUGAUAGCUGCCAAUGUUCAGAAUGGUGCAGAAAAAAUCAAGCAGUUUGGAGGUCAACCGUUGAGGCCUGGUGUCACCAUUCACCAAGUGAUUACAACUACAGAAAUAGUCCUGCCAGGUACUGCCACCAAUACACAAGCUGGAGCCUCUGCUGUAAACAACAAGAUAGGAGCUGGUGAGAAGAUCCUUGUCAUUAAGACUCCCAAAGGUGUGUACAUUCGCACCAAUGAUGGAAAAAUGUUUGCUGUCAGAUCUAAGUCUGGGGUUGGCAUCGGAGACAUUGGUGGGACAUCUGCAUCAACAACAACAACAGCAACUACAACUUUUACAUCAGCAGGUGGAAACCAAGUUUUUAUAACUCCAAGUAUUAAUAUGGGACCAGGUGGAAAGAAACCACCAAUUAUUAUAGUCAGCAAUAAAAAAGGCAUGCCCAUCACCAUGACUAGGGGUGGAAGCAUUAUAAGGACUUUACCAUAUGGAAGUACUCAAUUGUUGAACUCAUUGAAGCCUUCCAUAUUAAGGACUGAUGGUACUUUGGGCACCGCUGCAUCAACAUCAACAGGAGAGAAAGUCACAUCCUUGGCCGAUCUCAUUGCCAGUGAAGAUGAUGAUAGUAAAGAUGGGACUGUAAAGAAAAUGAGUGAUGGCUCCACACAGGCUGAAGGGGCAGUGCCCAAACGACCUGUCAUUGUCCUGCCAUCUCUUGCAGUGCGCACACCUCGCCCCCCAUCGAGUAUUCAGUCAUCAACAAUAGCCACCACAUCUCCAGGCGGGGGGACUGUGGUCAUCAUGCCAACUAAGCCUGUUGUUUCCAUGGGCACUAAAAGGGCACCCAAAAACCCCCGUCCCAGGAAACCUGCCAAAGGUAAAAACAUUGAGACAGACAACAGUGUUGGCGUUGGAACAUCAGAGGUCAGCAUAGGCACAGGCAAGAAGAAAGGGGUCAGUCUUUUGGCCAACAUGAAUGUGGCUAUUACAACUAGCACCUCCACUCCUGCUGCUAGUGGUAGUAUCACUUCUACUUCCACAUCCUCCAGCAAAACACAGGGCUCCAACACAAAUAAUUCAGAGAUGCAAAGACAGACAGCAGGUGCUAAUGCAUCUGUAGCUGCAACAAACACUCAGACAGGAUCUGACAUAGCACCAAGUAACCAACAUCAGAACCAACAGCAACAGUCUGCUUUCCCUGACCUGAAUAGCAUGUGGCACAGCAAUUUUGGCUCUGGACCAUCCAUGGGAUCUCAAAAUAUGCCCAGUGGGCCUAAUAAUACCAUGUUGGGUGCUGCAAACAAUGCACCAAGCAAUAUGUCUGGAUUACCUGGUUCAAUCCCAAGUGGACCUAACACAAUGUCUGGUGGGCCUAAUAUGCAUGGAGGACCAGGCUUAAUGUCUGGUGGCCCCAGUGCAAUGGCUGGUGGUCCUGGUACAAUGCAUGGAGGCCCUGGUAUGUUGUCUGGUGGACCAAAUAUGAUGUCUGGCGGACCCCCAAAUUCAAUGUCUGGAGGUUCUCACCCUAUGUCAGUUGGGCAAGUCCCAAUGUCCAGUGGGCCACAACACUCUAUGUCUAGUGGACCACCACACCCAAUGUCAAGUGGACCCCAGCAUUUAAUGUCCAGUGGGCCACAGCAGACUAUGUCCAGUGGACCACAACACCAAAUGCCAAUUGGACAACAUUCAAUGUCCAGUGGACCACAGCAAUCUAUGUCUGGGCCACAACACUCUGUUUCAAGUGGACCACAGCACUCCAUGUCUAGUGGGCCACAACACUCUGUAUCUAGUGGUCCACCACACUCUGUAUCUAGUGGUCCACAACACUCCUUGUCCAGCGGGCAACAAAACUCCAUUACCAGUGGUCCACAGCACUCAAUGUCAAGUGGACCACAGCAUAGCAUCUCAAGUGGACCACAUCACUCCAUGUCUUCUGGGUCACAACAGCCCAUGUCCAGUGGACCACUGUCAUUACCAGGAGGGCCAGGUCAUACCAUGUCCAGUAACAACCAUCCCAUGCAAGCCACUUCUUCCUCAUCUAGUACUAACAAUGUCAACAGCAGCAUGCCUGGUGCAAGCAACAGCUAUAACAGUGGCAUGAUGAUGUCCACUGCUGGAUCAAUUUCAGAUGGAGAUAACUCUUCAAAUAGUUCAAAUCAGAAUUUAAUGAACAGUCGUAGCCAGCCUCAGAAUCAGUCGGGUGGGUUCAGUAGUCAGCACACUACUAGCUAUAACAACAUGAGCAAUCCAUACAUGCACAGUGGCAUGGGGUCCUAUGGCAUGGUUCCAUCCUCAAUGAUGAGUCAGUCAAUGUCUCCCCCCUUGCAAAAUCACAUGCCUCAGUACAUGUCCAGCAUGCACUCUGGCUUUAUGUCAUCACCUCCUGGACCAUUCUCACAAAGCCUUCCACCACCCCCACAAAGUGACCCCAUGCAGAACCCAUCCCACCAAGGCAACAAUAGCAUGAUGUACGGAUCAGCUGGAAACUCUCAGUUUGCUCCUUCUUUUAGUCACAGUCAGCAGAAUCCACCACCUUUUGGCAGUACAUCCAAUAACAGCAACUACCAGGGUUCAACUAAUCCCAACUUUGGCUUUAAUUCUGACAUUGAUGGUCUCAGCUAUGGGGCACCCACCACAUCCGCAUCUUAUAUGUCUCAGCAACAAAGUGACCAGAGCUAUGCACCUCCUUCUCAAGCUAACAUGGCCUCAGGCUUUCAUCAGUCAUCAGGUUCUCAGUAUGCUAUGGACACUACUAAUGACAAUUUUACAAACCAGAACCCUCCACAACAACUACCCAUGGCCUCCUCUUCCUCCUCAACUACACCUAAUUACUCCGACCCUGGCAUGAGUAGAAGUAAUAGAGAUGAAAGUCCAUUUUCAUUAACCUUGCUUGGCUCAGAUUCAACCAGCACAUCAGCUUCCAACAAAUCAGGAAGCAAGUCUAACCAGAAAACCAAGACUUCUUCCUCCAAGAAAAGUAAGAACACUGCCUCAACUCAAAGGGGCGCUAGUCCUACUGCUACCAAACCUCAGCCAGCCAACACCAAACAGAGAGGAGGCAAUGCUAAAGUUCCAUCACCUGCACCAAGCCCUAGGCACACUCCACAGACUCCAGAAAGCAACAAAAGUUUCACAGAUCUUUCUAACAGCCGACCUAGCAAUAUACAUAGCAUGGGUAGCAAUACCAGUUCUCUUGCAGCCAGUGGUCAGGAAAUGGACAGCCUCAGUAGCAGUCUAGCUUUCCCCAGUUUUGAUGGAGGAUCUUCUCUGACCAGUGGAUUUAGCAACUAUGGUGGCCCCAGCAUGAGCAGCAGCUUGUCUUCUGGACUGCUUAGUCACUCUCUGGGGAGUGAUAUUGGAAUGGGUGGAAGUGCAUUCAGAGCCCACCAGAGUCCUGCCAAUCCUCAACCAUUCCGAUUAGAUGGCUCAGGUGGAAUAGGCAGUAUGGUCAAUACUGGACUUAAUUACAAUAGUAGCAUGAGUGCAUUCAGCAGUCCUGGUGGACUAUCUGGUCCUGGUGGCUAUGGAAAUCCUUCAUUUGGUGGAUUUGGCUCAGGCUACGGAACAAGCUCAUCAUUACCAUUCUCAUCUUCACCUAUCAUGCCGCCCCCACCUCAGAGCAUGAUGGGAUACCCACAGCCUCUUGGUUAUCCAAGUAUGUCCUCGCUUAUGAUGGGCGCCCCAUCUUCUACUCCUUCGACCAUGGGGGGUUCUAUGUGGCCCAUGAUGCCAUCCUCCAUGAUGGGUACUGGGUAUGGCUACCCACCACACCCUUCAAGCAUGGGCUUCUCCAGUGGGAUUGAUGGCCAGGGCUUUGGUCAUCUAGGUCCCGGGCCCAAUAGCUAAAUGUUAACUACUUCACUUCUGUGCAGGAUUACUAAAACUACCCUCACCUUGUUUUGUAAACUUUUCUCAAUUCCAGUAAGUUUUGUUUCCAAAUGCACUGUGGAGCAACUGAUGCACUUUUUGAAAGCUGUAUAGUCAUAUUUAAGUGAUAAUAGUCAUUCUGUUAGCCCCUAGUUUCUCCAUGCAUAUGGUAUGUUUUGAUAGAUGUCUGCUGAGCUGUGGUGCAACAUUUGGCUGUUUUCUUCAAAUGUACUUAUAGUUUGGAUGGUACUGAGAUCUGAACAUGAUUUGAUCAUCCUUGAUUUAGUCACAUCAUAGAUUGCAAUCAAAGAACCUUAAUGUUGGAUUUGUGCAUCAAAGGUCAACAUCUGUUGUUUUCAAACAUUACUGCAUCCAGUAUUUGUUGUGUGGUUUCUGUGUUUUGUGUUUUUACAAUGACUUGAAGUUGUGCUAAAACUAAGUUGUCAUCCUCUUAUCAAUAUCAACAUAAUAUAGUUUAUUUUAAGUUUGUUUAAAAUUGACUUUGUGUAACAAAACAUUUAGAAAAGUUCUGGCAAAACUUGAGCCAUCAAGUAAAAGUAGUUUAAUAACUUGCUACAUGGAAAAGUAUUUAAUACAUCCUAUUGGGUUUCUAAUUAUUAGAAUUUUUUUUUCUUAGACUGUAUGUUGAUCUGUAUUGUUGAUUAAAACUAGUUUCAAGUUUCAAAAAGCUUUUCCUAUAAUCUUUCUUGGCAAACUUUUUCUAGAGAAAACAACUAAAGUUAUAUUUUAUUCUUAUUAACAGAGAACAAUACAACCAUGUUUUUUUUAUUUUUAUUCAUGAUACUGCUCAUAAAAUUGUGUCAGAAUUGAUUUGUAAUUCUAAGUAAACCAAUGUUACAAAGAGAUGAGUUAUAGUAAUUGUUCACUGAUUAGAAGUGUACACUUUCUUCAUGUAUAACUAGGAAAUUGUCUUCUAAACUGUGUUCUAUUUAAAAACAACAAAAACAACUAAAACAGUGUCCUAAUCUUAACGUAUAUAAUGUUGUGUAGAAUUAGACUUGAUUGUUUUGUUUAAGGUGUAUUUUCAUCACUUCAAGUGAUGAAAGUGCUUCAAGAAAACAUUUAAAACUCCGAGAUGUGUUUUUUUUUCUUCAUACUAUAUUGUCAGAGUUGAACAUUUGCUUUGUAAACUACUUUCUUUGUUGAAAGAAAAAAACCCUGAUGUGUCUGUUCAUUGACUUAGAGUACUUAAUUCUAUCACAACCCAUUGGUGCAACAAAAGAGGUAAUAAAACUCUGACAAAUAUAUUUCACUCAUCUUUGGCCUCAUGACUACUCUUAAUACUGAGUUUGGACAUCACUUGACAGUGGUUGCUGUUUUGGUUUGUUUUACAAAUGUUUAUGAACUUCAGUGCUAUUUAAUUGCAUCUGGUUCUUAAAAGUAAAGCACAAAUUGGAUUUUGACAAAGGUAUACUUUAAUUGAAUGAGUGAAUGAACUGUCCUUGUAAUGAGUAUUAUGAUGGUAUGUGCAUAAUGUUCAUGUUGGUCAGGUGAGCCGCGAAAGUAAUGCUUUAGGAGAUGUUUGGGAUGCAGUGAGUGAUCUGCUUCGUCUCGCAGUGUUCUAACCUAAUUGACCAGUCUAGUCAGACGUCUGUCCAAUUCACACAUCUCAUGUAUACAAAUGAAAUAGUGUACGUAUAUUAAGUAUUCAUUUUUAUGCAAUGUCUUGUCCUAGUUUUCAUGAUAUUUUAUUUCAGUGCAUGGAACCAUAUUUUUUUUUUUUUUUUUGUUCUCAAAUAUAUAAAUAUUGCCACUUGCAGGCACUAGGUAUAAAUAUUUAUAAUAAUUUGAGUCUUUUAUAUCCAUAUAUACGUUGAGGCUCAUUUUUAUGUUGUAGAACAAAUAUACAUGUAUUAUUGGCCAGGUAACUCUGUGGGUAAAAGGCCAUUAGAAACGGCUGUUACUGAUGUAAAUAUGGUUUUAUUAUUGGUUUGGAAGGAUUGUAGAAAAUCACCAGCACUUUGACUUGGCGUGUUGAUGAAUAACUUAGUAGAAUAGCAAAAAAUAGAUUAAACAAAAAUUUAAUUAACAUUUUUGGUUGUGCAUUUCCAAUUUUUUUUUUGGUAUAAUUAUUUGCUUGUGAGACUAUAGAUCUACAUGUGAAUAAAACUCAUUUGUUUCAAAUGUCACUGAAGUCAGGUCAAAACAAGUAAAAUGAGACAUUACAGAAAUAUAUUUUUUUGAGUUAAGGGUUUAACUGUUUAGCUGCUAUGUGUCUAGUAUGCACUCUGUUUGAAGUAGUUCAUAUAUUAUUGACUUAGACCUUUCAUCAUGACCUAUUAACAUGUCAUGUCUGUACAGUAUAUAAGAUAUCAAAAAUUGUUUGUCACAUUUUUAUACAUUCUCUUUGUGUGCCCUUUUUGAUAUUUGGUAGGUAUACUUAGAUAUGAUAUAUAUAUAUAGUUUUUGUUUGUUUAUUGCUUGCUAUAAAUUAAGACUGUGAAUGAGAACUACUAUUUUUAAUGAUGACACUUUUUUUUCCCCCCUGUAACCGUCAGUCACAUUUAUGGCAUUAAAUCAACUGGCAAUAGCUUUUCAAUAUAUUUGUAUGGUUUAAAACAAAAAUCAUAUCAAUAUGGUGAAAUUGUGUGAGUGUGUGUGUGUGUGCAUCUAAAUCUGAUUCUAACUCAAUCCUGGUCAGUGCAUUGUUAUGGCCACUGAUACAAGAUUGCUUUUUAAUUUCUUUUGGUCUUAAUAUAAUUGUUUCAAAAUUUACUCAGCAAAAUGAUCAGCCUGCAAUAUGUGAUUUUUUAUUUUUAUUUUGUAUUGGCAGCAGGCUCUGAAGUAUUGAAAGAUAUGUGCUUGUAAUAAAUAUAUUCACCUUAAUUAA